AGUAUAUGGUGAUGACGCUGAAUUUUUAAUUGCCGUUUUAAGGCUAGUCUUCCCGAGGAAGAUGUGAUGAUCAGCUGGGAGAAACCACGAAAUAAAUCGCAACAUUUGGACGCGGCGUUGCUGUAGUUGCUGAGCGACAGCCUUUAAAAAUGGCCGCAUGGUUUGUUUACAUUUCGAGCUGCCUGCUGCAAUUCCCCUGAACUGAACGUAGGCUAGCGAAAGUUCGGCUAGCCAAAGCUCGCGCCUGAAAUUAAGGUUACGCCAGAUCAAGGGGCUCACGAUGUCUUUUCUAGGUGUUUGUAUCUCGAAUCGCCGGAAAGGCUGCCUUUUUCCUGGCCGAAUCGUCUCGGCGAAGAGAGUGCUCUGGUGUUAGCGUUGUAAGUGUCAUGAACGACGCGAGAAAAAGAUGAGCAACUCGGACGAGGAUGCCUCCAAGUCCGCGUCUAGUCGUGAGAUCAGACAUUUGACGCAGUCCGUGGAAGAAAGUAUCGUCAGCAAAGUCAACGAGCUCUCGUCCGCGCUUAUCGAUACAAGCACCAACAUCCAUUGCUUGAACAGCAAGAUUCAAGCAUACCGCCAGGAACAAAAUGCUGCUGUCGAAGUGCUCAAAGAAAACGUUGACGUCUGCCUUAGGCAUAUUAGCAGCCGGGAAGCAACUACACCACUGCAGUUGUCGAGCGCACGAGACUCCCCGACGAACCCAUGGCGUAUGGUACGAGAUAAAGAAGCUACGAUACUGGAACUCGAGAGAAAAAAUGACCACUUGAAAGCGAAGCUGGAAAGUGCUCAGGAGAAACUGAAAGAGAAGUCGGAAGAGCUGUUGAAUUCAUCGAGGCUGCUUUCGGAGAAGUCUCAAGAAGUGUUGUUGCUUCAAGACAACCUCGCGGCGGCAGAAAGAAGGCUAGCCGAAAACCAGCGAGAAGUGGAGAGGGCAACGCUGCGUCUCCGACACGUAGAAGAGGACUCUGAGAAGCAGACGACACGAAUAAAAAAUGAGCUCGCCCGUCUGGAGCGUGAACUCCUGACCGAGAGAGAAAGGCAUUCAUCGAGUCUGCAGAGUCUCCAGCAGGAAUUGAAGCAGGUGCACCUAGAGUCAAGUUCGUGGCAGGAACGUUACAUGCGGGAGAAGCAGAAAACUUCGCAGUUGUCAGAAGAGGUAGCCCAGUCAAGAAUACAGCUUCAAAGGUAUCAAAAUUUAGGCAGCGCUCGAAGUGAAGAAGAUGCUGAACAUCUGGAGAAGAGAAACAACCUAAUACAGAGUCCGGAGUUGGAGGACAUGAGGACAAAGUACGAUGCCCUGAAAAAGGAAUUGAUUCAGCUAAAGCGAAAAGUUGCUCAGAAUGGAAGUGCUCAAGACUUUUCAGUCAUUGCUGAUCCCGAGGAGUUUAACAGGUUGAUCCUGGAAAAGCGAGACAUUGAAGAAGUGUGCUUGAGUUUCGAUCGCAAAUUUCAAAAGCAGACUCAGGUUUUGAAAAGACUGGAUGAAAAGCUGAGGGAGUCCGAGGCGAAAGUUGAAGAGCUGACUCAAGUGAAACUUGAAAAGCAGAAGAGCUACCAGGAUUUUGUGAAGUAUGUUGGGGAAAAGCUGGACUUUCUUGUUGGAUUGCUCUCUAUACGUUCUGCAGAAACCUUUCAGGCUUUGUUUGCAUCUGAACUCAUUGGGAAGCGGCCACUCAGUUUUCAAGUGGCAGAAAUAAAGAGUAAGUUUCACUGGAUACUGCAAGCAAUCCGGUCCCUGUGUCUCGGUGAAGCUGAUUCGAAAACACAAUCCAUUUCAUACCCAUCACUGCCUCACCAUUGCAGUUCCAGUGGCUCAGACGUCAAGGUGAUUGUGGCUUGGGGAAAGCUCUUGAAAGUUGGCUUCCCAGCCCUCUUCCCACGGUUCCAAGAAGAGGGCAGCCUGGUUCUCCUAAAGCGUCGCACGAGGCUGGUCGUGUUCGCCACGUUUGUGCUGUGUUUCGGGUUGAGUCGAGCCUUCACCGUAAUCCACGUGGUCACGGACACGCCGGUGCCUUGGCUCCUGCCCCUGGUGAUCGGCGCGUUCUCGGUUUACUACUGCGUCAUCGAGAUGAUGGCCGGGAUCGUCGAGAGGUACUUCUGCGUCGUGUUGUCGCGAUACGUCCAGUACCAGGUAGGCCGCGCCCACGAGCUGCUCGGCGAUCAUCGGACGUGCCCACCGCUGCAGUCGACGCGCGACCUGGCGGGAGCCGUGGACAGGCUCCGGGCCAGCAUGGCGGCUGCGGCCAGGAUAGUUCGGAAGGUGGACGACUGGCUGCGCUGCGCCGUGGUGGCCAACUUCCUCAGCUCGGCGCUGUCCGUGUGCGUGGUGGCGUACGCCGUGGUCGGCGCUCAAAUCAGCACGGACAAGUUGCUGAGCACGGUAGCCUACUCGGCACUCACGUGUUUUUCCAUCGCCGACGCGUCGCUAUCGGCCGGUGACAUCAAGGAGCAGGCGCUGAAGCUCAAGGCCGUGCUCGACUCGGUGUCUGUGCUGGGCCUUCCUCCGAGGGUUACCUGCCAGGUGGAGCUUUUCAGCAUGACCAUCGACGAAAAACAGCUCUGCUUCACUGGCUCUGGAUUCUUCACUGUUGACAGGCCCAUGCUAACGUCGGUCACGUGACCAGGAGAGAAUGGGAGCCGUGCCGGAAAGGGUAGGUCACGUGACCGGCAGAGGAGGAGAGGCGCGCUGGGCGGAGGAGGAGGCGACCAAUGAGAGGCCGCGCUGGGCACGAGGAGGAGAGGCAAUAAGAGAAGGUGUUUCUGUGCGGCACACCCUUUGGGAUAACGCGCAGAGCUGCUGCCGGCGCCGUCCGCGUUUCCCCGCGUUCGCACCGAACGCGCGCGGUGUCUGUGACGGCAGCCGAUGCCUCUGGCGGCGGCUCGGGAGGUUUCGACCAGAGAACUGGACACUCGUCGAACAGCGUCGGAAGUCGCUGCCUCUUCUCGCCUCGCAACGUUUCAAUAUAACUUCCUGUUGUAGAUCUGUGUUUACUUGUGUUUAC